AUGGAAGAAGAGACAAAAGUUAUUGCAGAAGUUCCAGUGACAAAGGUUGUUGAAGAAGUGGAUCACAAAGAUGUUGACAUUAAGGCAACAAACGGAGACUUGCCGGCUAAGGAAAUAGCCGAAGGAAAGAAAGACGAGGAAGAUAAUGCCUCGGAUGGAGAGUUCAUUAAAGUCGAGAAGGAAGAGAAUGUGGUUGAUGAUACGUCCAAUAAAACUGAAAGAAGCUCGGAUCCUCCUAGCAGAGAGUUUCUUGAAGCGCAAGAGAAGGUUCGGGAACUCGAGGCUGAAGUGAAAGCACUUGCAGAAUCUUUGAAGACAUCUGAACAUGAAAACGCGGAGCUGAAGGGAGAGGUCUCUGAAACACAAGAGAAAUUGAAAGAAAGUGGAAAGAAAACCGAAGAGCUUGAACUAAGUCACAAGAAACUGCAAGAGCAGAUUGUUGAAGCUGAGAACAAGUACAAUCUGCAGGUCAGCACUCACGAAGAGGCUCUGCGAAGUCAAGAAGUUAAGCAGAAAGAGCUUCUUGAGGUGAAGGAAGCGUUUGACGAUCUGAAUGUCAAGCUCGAAAGCUCCCAAAAGAAGACACAGGAGUUGGAGAAUGAGCUGCAAGUUUUUAAGGACGAGGCACAAAAGUUCGAGGAGCUGCAUAAGCAAAGCGUUUCACAGGCUGAGUCUGAGGGAAACAAGGUGAUUGAAUUUGAGAGGCUACUUGAAGAAGCGAAAUCGAGUGCGAAAGGUAAGGAAGAUGAGAUCGCUUCUCUGAAGGAAGAAUUGAAGGGAGUUAAUGAUAAGAUUGCUGAAAAGGAAAAGGUUGAAGAAGCACUUAAAACAACUGCAGCAGAACUCUCUACUGUCCAAGAGGAGUUGACACUCUCCAAAACACACGUAUCGGAAGUUGAGCAAAGAUUGUCUUCAAGAGACUCGCUCGUAGACGAGUUGACGAAGGAAUUAAACCUGAUAAAAACUUCAGAAACACAGAUAAAAGAAGAGUUCUCGGCACUUCAAAACCUAUUUGUUUCUACAAAGGAAGAGCUAAAGGAAAAAAGUUCCGAGUUGGAAAGUGCAAGGCUCAAGCUGCAGGAGGAGGAAACAUCGAGAGAAUCAAUUGAAGUUUCACUCAAGAGCCAGGAAGCGAAGUUUCUAUCGGUACAAGAGGAACUGACUAAGCUCAACGCAGAAAAAACAAGGCUUGAGGAAACUUUUGAAGAUCUAACCGUUAAUGCGAAACACUUUAAGGAGUUGUCCACUGAUUUAGAGGAGAAACUAAAGCUUUCGGAAGAAAAUUUUAGUAAAACGGAUUCUCUUUUAUCUGAGGCGCUUUCGAACAAUUCAGAGCUGGAGCAGAAGGUGAAGUCUUUAGAAGACCUUCAUAAUGAAGCUGGAUCUGUCGCAGCUACUGCGACUCAAAGGAGUCUUGAGCUCGAGGGUCAUGUUGAAGCUACAAAUGCAGCUGCAGAAGAGGCAAAAUCACAGCUACGAGAGCUUGAAACACGCUUCAUAACGGUAGAGCAGAAGAAUAUCGAGCUUGAGCAGCAAUUAAAUUCAGUGCAAUUGAAAGCCGAUGAAGCUGAGAGAGACGUGACUGAAUAUUCCGAGAAAAUUUCUCAUCUCGAAGCUAAAUUAAAAGAGGCCGAGGAAGCGAAGAAUCUUCUUAAUGGCCUACUGCAGGAGCACACAGAUAAGGUAAGUCAACUUGAAUCAGAUUUAAACCAAUCAAUCAAGCAGAAAUCGCAAUUGGAGGAGGAGCUGAAGAUAGUCGCUGACAAAUGUUCUGAGCAUGAAGAUCGAGCUACCUCAUACAAUCAACGCAGCCUAGAACUAGAAGAUUUAAUUCAGAGCUCUCAUUCUAAAUCCGAAAGUGCUGAAAAGAGAGUGAGUGAGUUGGAGUUGCUACUUGAAACUGAGAAAUACAGAAUUCAGGAACUUGAACAACAAACAACCACAUUAGAAAAGAAAUAUAGUGAAUCAGAAGAAAAUUCCAAUAAACAUCUUGAAAAUGUGUCUUAUCUGACAUCAGAACUCGAAGUGUUUAAAGCACAAACCUCAACCCUUGAAAGUACGCUGCAAGAAGCGAAUGAAAGGGAAAAAGAGUUAAAAGAUUCAUUAAACACUGUGACGGAUGAAAAGAAAAAGUUAGAAGAUUCUUUAAACAGUUUGAGCGAGAAGUUUUCCGAGGCAGAAAACCUUUUGGAAAUUGUGAGGGAUGAUUUAAAUCUCACACAAGUUAAGUUGCAAAGCACUGAAAAUGAUCUCAAGGCUGCUGAAUUGAGAGAGAGCGAGAUAAGAGAAAAACUUAAUGCUACUGAAGAAAAUCUUGUUGUAAAGGGAAGAGAUAUAGAGCAUACUACUGCCAGAAACUUAGAACUCGAGUCGUUACAUGAAUCUCUGUCAAGAGAUUCUGAACAGAAGCUCCAAGAAGCUAUUGAAAAAUUCAACAGCAAAGAUUCCGAGGUUCAAUCUCUGCUUGAGAAAAUUAAGAUUCUGGAGGAGAAUAUUGCAGGAGCCGGUGAAGAGUCUGCAUCUUUGAAGAGUGAAUUCGAAGCGUGUUUGAGCAAACUCGCUUCAUUGCAAAGCGAAAACGAAGAUUUGAAAACGAUAAUUGUUGAAGCUGAGAACAAGACUUCACAGUCAUUUUCUGAGAAUGAAUUACUGGUUGGAACAAACAUUCAACUGAAAUCAAAGAUUGAUGAACUUCAGGAGUCAUUGAACAGUGUUCUAUCUGAGAAGGAAAUCACUGCUCAAGAACUUGUUUCACAUAAGAAUUUAGUAACUGAGUUGAAUGAUGUACAAUCAAAAUCUUCCGCAAUUCAUUCUGCCAAUGAAGCUCGCAUCGUGGAGUUAGAGUCCCAGUUACAAGAAGCUUUGCAGAAGCAUACUGAGAAGGAAUCAGAAACCAAAGAAUUGAAUGAGAAGCUGAAUACUCUAGAAGGACAGAUAAAGUUGUAUGAAGAACAGGCGCGGGAAGCUGUUGCAACGGCUGAAACUCAUAAGUCUGAGCUUGAGGAGAAUCUCGUAAAAUUAAAGCAUCUUGAAACAGUUGUUGAGGAGCUACAAAACAAGUCACUCCACCAUGAAAAAGAAACUGCUGGAGUAAAGGAGGAAAAUUCAAAACUUGUUCAGGAAAUAGCUGUCUAUGAAACCAAAUUAAGUGAUUUACAGUCAAAGCUCACUGCAGAACUUGCCGAGAAGGACAAGACAAUUAAUGAGAUAGUCUCAUCGAAGAACGCCGCCGAAGACUUAGUGACAAAGCUCAGUGAAGAAGUGCAGACAUUGAAGUCAGAGAUAUCUUCGGUAAUAGAGGAGAAGAACUUGCUCAAUGAGACUAAUCAGAGUUUAAAGAAGCAACUUGAGUCUAUGAUACUUGACCUUGAAGAGAAGUUGAAGGAGCAUCAGAAAAAUGAAGACUCUUUGAGAUCUGAGGUUGAAACACUCAAAGCUGAGAUAGCUGAGAAAUCUGUUUUGCAAAGUCGGCUCACGGAAAUUGAAGCACAACUCGUGAAAGCUGAAUCUAAACUACAUGAAGAGGUUGGAAAUGUUCAAGCUGCUGCUUCUCAAAGAGAAGCUGAUUUGAGUUCAAAAUUUACAGAUUAUGAACAAAAAAUCAAUGAAAUAAAUGUUCUGAAUGCAAAGGUGGUCGAACUUGAGAAAGAGUUGCAACUUGCACAGGCUGCUAUAGCUAAUCAGAAAGGAGCAGAAUCUCAGAAGAUGGAACUAGAGGAAGCAUUGAAGAAAUCUCAAGAAGAACUUGAAACUAAGAAAAAUGAAAUCUCUCUUCUACAAAAACAAGUACUAGAUUUUGAGCAGAAAUCGCAACAGGGUAGCGAGAAAAUCUCAGUCAAGGGUGAGGAGAGUGUUGACAAGAAGGAUGGAGUGGAAGUGAAAUCACGAGACUUUAGCAUCUCGACUCCAACGAAAAGGAAGAGCAAGAAGAAGUCAGAAGCAACAGCUGCUCAGGCAUCAUCUACUUCGGCCGAGACUCAAACUCAAACCGGCCAGGAUUCGCCUUUCACGAACUUGAAGUUCAUCUUUGGAACUGCUCUUGUGUCUAUUAUCUUUGGCAUAAUUCUUGGGAAGCGUUAUUAA